AUUGUGUCCCCCUCCCCAAGGAGUCCGUGGGCCGUGUGGUGGCACUAGUGCAACGCUGAUAGCUACUGGCCGCAUAUGUAGAGAAUCAUUACUAGAAUGCCUACCUAAUAGGGAAAUACUCAACUACCUGGGUAGGUGACAACUUUCGACUUGUGGGGGACUCCGGUGCGGACUGCAUCACCAAACAUUUCCCGACGAAAGAGGUCGUGCAACAAACUCACGCUUCACUGAAGGCAAAACUUCCUUAACACUAGUAAAACCGCCUCUUUCCACGGAGAGAACGGAUGCCUCGGGGUUCCGGAGACGGGAGUAAUUCUGAAGCGGUGCGAUAUAUAAAUAGUAGUUAACACCUGCGCAAAAUGAGGCGAACAUCGAGACUGUCCCACGAACCAAAUACUACAGAGCUGCGGUUACCAUGUCUCCUGAAAUAGUCAAAGGAAAUAUCACCUUCGAGGACUACCUCGGCCUCAAUGCGUGUAUGGUUGAGUGGGCGGACAGCUAUGACACCAAGGACUGGGAUAGACUAAGGAAGUGCAUUGCGCCGACCCUACGAAUCGACUACCGUUCCUUUCUGGAUAAGCUCUGGGAAGCGAUGCCAGCCGAAGAGUUCGUGGCCAUGAUCUCGAGCCCGGCGGUGCUCGGAGACCCGCUGCUCAAGACACAGCACUUUAUCGGCGGUACCAAGUGGGAGAAGAUCUCGGACACGGAGGUAAUCGGCACCCACCAGCUGCGCGUGCCGCAUCAGCGCUACACCGACGAGACGCGGACUAAGGUUGCCGUCAAGGGCCACGCUCACUCUACCAACGUCCACUGGUACCGGAAGGUCGACGGCGUUUGGAAGUUCGCCGGACUCUACCCGGACAUCCGCUGGGGCGAGUACGACUUCGACAAGGUUUUUGUCGGCGGCCGUGAGGAGUUUGGCGACGCCCUUAAUGCUAAAGUUGAAGGCAUCCCAGUUAAGGCCCCAUUACUUUAGAUGGCCCCAAGACCUGAGUUGAACCCGGACGGGGGAGCGGAGAUGCUGAAGGUAUUUACCAGCCUACUAGGUAUGUAGGUGAGAGGCCAACCCCUCUACGUAGACGAGUUAGUUAUAUACUAGGUAUUGUUGUUAUAGAAUUAGUAAUUAGCCCACGAU